UUAACAGGUUAUGGGCCCAGUGCUAUAAUAUUCACCGCACAUCUAUUAUUUCAAGAACAUUCCUGUUGCUUGCCAAGACCAGCAUGUCAGUUUUCACUGCGAAGGAUGUUGCCCACAUUGACAAGCUCAACGGAGCCAACUUCCAAGUAUGGAAGUUCCAGACAUGCCUGAUGCUUCGCAAUCACAGCUUGAUGGAUCUAGUAAUUGGAACAGAAGCUAAACCAGAUCCAAUCGUGGCUUCAGGCGUCACCACCAAUCAAGCAGCAAUCACCAGUUGGAAGCAAAAAGACAACACAGCACAGUUACUGAUUUCGUCCACCAUCUGCUCUGACCAACAACGUUCCCUCAUUACCUGUACAUCAGCCACAGAAAUGUGGAAACGAGUCAUCAGUCAGUUCGAACAAUCUGCUGCAGAAAACAAAAUGUUUCUUCUUCAACAGUUCCUGAACUACCAGUAUAAGGAAGGUCACGAUAUCUCCAGUCACGUCACGGCCAUUGAAUUAAUGGCCAGCCAACUACAAGAUGUCGGAUCUCCAGUUUCGGACGACCAGGUCAUCACCAAAAUUGCUUCAACUCUUCCUCCCUCUUACCGACACGUCAUUGCAGCCUGGGAGAAUCUGGACGACAGCAAAAAGACAGUCAAUCUCUUGCGAGCUCGACUUAUGAAGCAGGAAGCCAUGAAUCAACAAUACGGUGAGGUAGACAGUGCUGAUGCUGCUUUCUUUGCUAAGAGAGUCAAUCGACCAACUGGAGGGGCAUCUUAUUCCGGUGCACAAGAACCCAGCAAACCGGCUCCUGUUUGUAACUACUGCGAAGGACUUGGACGAAGAAGCAAUAAUCACGAAGAGUUAAGAUGCUGGAAGAAGAAGAAAGAUAAAAGGCAACAAGGAGACGCCAGAGCCAACAUCGCCUCUAGCAAUCCAGAUUGGCCACCCGGCUACGCUUUCACUUCUCUGUCUUUGCUGUCCAAUGUCAAGAAGUGCAAUCAAACUGAUUGGUACGCGGAUUCUGGAGCUUCGCAGCAUAUGAGUGAUCAGUUAUGGCAGUUCCAGAACUACAAUUCAGUCAAGCCUGGCAGCUGGCCAGUGAAGGGCAUCGGUCUGGACAACGAUCCAUUACAGGUGCAUGGCGUCGGCGACAUUCCAAUUCGGUGUCGAGUCGAUGGCAACUGGUUCAACGCUGUCAUUCACGAUGCCGUCUAUGUCCCAGGGUUGGGGGCCAAU